CUUCCUCCACCGCCCAUAUCCAACCGAUCUCUAUCUCUAUUCCCCCCACAACAGUUCAACUCCCAGACGUCCGAGAGCAUGGCUUCCAAUACUUUGACGAUGAGCUAUGGCAUCGCCACCACCGCCUUCCCAUCUGUCCUUUCUUCGUCCAAGUCCAAAUUUGCCACCGCUCUCCCACUUCCCGGUGUUGGGGCCGCCAAUGCCACCUCCCGCUUCACCAUGACGGCCGAGUGGAUGCCGGGCCAGCCUCGACCUCCACACCUCGACGGCUCAGCGCCUGGUGACUUCGGAUUUGACCCACUUGGGCUUGGUACGGUCCCAGAGAACCUUGAAAGAUUCAAGGAGUCUGAACUCAUUCACUGUAGAUGGGCCAUGCUUGCCGUUCCAGGAAUCCUAGUACCGGAGGCAUUAGGGUUGGGGAACUGGGUGAAGGCUCAGGAGUGGGCUGCCGUUCCUGGAGGUCAAGCCACCUACUUGGGCUACCCUGUGCCAUGGGGCACUCUCCCUACCAUCUUGGUCAUUGAAUUCCUCGCCAUUUCCUUUGUGGAGCACCAACGCAGCAUGGAGAAAGAUCCCGAGAAGAAGAAGUACCCUGGCGGUGCUUUUGAUCCCUUGGGCUACUCUAAGGACCCAGCAAAGUUCAAGGAAUACAAAGUCAAGGAGAUCAAAAACGGCCGGCUUGCUCUGUUGGCUUUUGUGGGAUUCUGCGUUCAACAAUCAGCUUACCCUGGCACAGGACCGUUGGAGAACCUGGCCACCCACUUGGCCGAUCCGUGGCACAACAACAUUGGGGAUAUCAUUAUUCCCAGAUCACUUUACCCCUGAAGCAUGAAAAUUUUAAUCAUACUUUUCACUGUAAAAGUCCAUGUAACAUGAGCGUGUAUUAAUGAAUCUCGAUCCCAUCUCCUAUA